AUGCAGCUUUUGGAUUGUUACGAUCGACAAUUCUGCUUAUACUUUGAAGCAUUCCACCUGAAGAAGACACCCAUGUACAUAGCUUUCAUGCAGUUCAUGGGAGAUGAAGAGGAAGCGACGAGUUUCAGCUACACAUUGGAGAUCAAUGGAAAUGGCAGAAAGAUGACAUGGCAAGGCGUGCCUAGAAGCAUUCGUGACAGUCACAAGACCGUCCGUGACAGCCAAGACGGCUUGAUCAUCACUCGCAAGUUGGCUUUGUUCUUCUCUAGCGAUAAUACCAACAGCAAGGAACUGAAGUUGAAGAUUUCAGGUCGUGUAUGGAGAGAACAUUGA